CGACGUCGUGAACAUGCUCAUACAUUAAUCGCAAGACGCCCCAGUUUGGAUUCUCCGUCGAAAUCAGCUAAUGCCACUAGUCCUUUAAAACCACUACCUUUUCAUUCCAUCCCACUGCAAGAUUCUGUUCUCGGACCCAGUUGGAAACCUUUAUGGUCUCCUGAGCUAGGUCUAUCGAUGUCCUCCACGAAACCGACUCGAAACGAACCGCAGUCGAGCAGCACAUGUAAAACCUCUCAGGAUCAGACUGCAGCGACAGACAAAAAAGAUCCAGAUCCGGUUGCUCCAAUACAUUCCGGUGAUCCGGAUGUUGACACGCACGCCGCUAACCCGAUCUCAACUACCUCAGAUACAGUCUCGGUGUCUCCGUCGUACCUGUGCGAAUGGGAGUCUUGCUCGGCGUCCUUCGAAGAUAAAUCUCAGGUAUCCUCACACGUAUACCUCACACAUCUGGCAACAAAGUUGGCGGACUCUAGUUCACAAUCGAGUGCCUACAUACAUCCGGCCCUUCCCGUGCGACGUUGUUGUCGGUGGCGUGGCUGUUCCUCAUCUUCGCUGGCUCGUGCUCCAUUUGCAUUGCUUACGCAUGUGCUCGAUGUGCAUUGCAGUCCAAUGGAACUAGAUGCCGCUUUGUACCGAUCGCAGUCCCGAGCCCAACCACGACUGAUGCCCGUUUCUGCAUCGAGUACAUCGUCCUCUUCCGCUCCACCUUCGUCUUCGUCAUCUCUUUCUGACUUACAAAAUCUCUGUUCCACAGUGCAUGCGGACAUGUCCUCGUCUCCCUCGGGUGAUUCUUCCGCAUGGACUAUCGUUCGUUCCCUUGAAGCCAAACAGAUGCAACUGGACCUGUGGGCGGCACAGCAUCAUUUUGUAUCCGCCAAUCCUUACUCCCGACUGCCGUUACCCAUACUGGGGCCGAACCCGCAUCAUCCGCAAACACCUAUGGUCGCACCGCCUCCCCGUGAGGGUCCAGUAACAAAACAUUUAAGGGUUUCGGCGGCUUUGGUUAUACGUAAUCUGGUUACUUAUAUUGAGGAAGCUCGCACUCCCAUACCCGACUUCGAAGGUAUCACGGAUCCUUCCUAUCGUCAUCCGUCCCGCGACCCCCCGUGUUUAAUGUAG